CGCGGGUGGGGCUAUAAGCGGUCAAAAGGGUGCCUUCGGUCGAGGUCGGGUUGGUCGUGUUAGACGAUAUAACUGCAGUAACUCGUAGCGAACGCCAUCGCAGUAGAAAUGGCGUUUCUCAUCCCUGUCCUGGUGGUCUUGGUCGUCUCGCUGUCUGUCCAGACCGACGCCCAAGAAAAUGACAUCAUUAACGUCCUCGAGGCGGUAAUGGCGUUCGACGAAGCCGUCGCGAUCUACAGCACCAUCAACGAUCCCAACCAAAAGUGCCUGAAAACAGAACGCGACAGUUUGGACUACGAGGCUAAGACCGCGAAUUUUACCUGGUACUACCAAGGCGGCGGCGACUCGCCAACGACAAAGUGCUUUUACAACUUAAUGAACGGGACCGAUCCUGCCGUAUUUUACAUAGCAUCAUGCGAUGACACCAGCAACCUGGAGGAGGCUAAGGAAUUGUACAGUGACGGUGCGACCUGCUUCGUGGGACACUUUCCACCAGUCACAGGCGACCAAUGCAUGCUGUGGGUGCACCCCGCAUCCAAGGAUGCCAUACCACCAAAAUGCGAAGAGAAGUUCGACGAAAAAUGCGGGGGAGAAAAGUACGAGCUUUACGACGAGAGCAGCUGUCAAUAGUCGCCUACUUGACGGCUCCUGCACCACCUUUUGAAUAGAAGACACCUAUAAUGCACUUUAUGAGGCAGUUACCAAUAAACGGGUCCCAGACAA